CUGUAGUAAGCCGCCAUCCACAUGAAUUUCGGCCAACUCCACCAAGUAAAAUUGCAGCAUGCUAAAAGCAUCAUGAGUCAUGCAAGUUCCAUCACGGACAACACAAUUCACGGGAUCCGACAAUGCCAUCGCCUCGAGCUGGGUCUCGUUAUGGUCGGCAAUACAUACUCUCCCUUCCACCAAAAUAAAUCCCUGUCCCUGUAUAUAGAACCAUCACGAUGUCUGCUUUGUGCGAGAAUAUCAUCCACGGAAUAUCCAUCCUCCUCGCUGAUGACGAUUUCAACCGUGAGAUUCUCGGCUGCACUGCUCCGAUCUUCGUGACAACUCACAACCGGUGAGGUUAAUACUUUCGUUGCCUUGGGAAAUAGUAAUAUGAAUAUCAAGAGAUGGGCUGUCGCAUGUGUGGUCUACCAGACUCAUCAUCGGCUUGUUCUCGACUGACGGCGCACAUGUUCUUAGAUCCACGACAAAAUCGGGGAACACUACGGAUGGACUGGGAGCCGCCACAAGCUGGGAAACUCACUGCGCAAGGGCGGAUGGCCACCAGCGAGCCAUGGAAGAGAGGGCCAGUGGGGAGGUCGCGAGGGAGACGAGAGGCGGUGCAUUGGAGCAGGAGAGGUGGGGCGUCACGAGAGGGAUUUCCCUGCCAACCGAGUCCGAGAGGAAACAGAAGUACCGAUUCGUGCGGUAUGUCAGUUAGAAGAAGAAAUUCCUCCGAUCUCCUCCUCUCUCGGCCCAACGAAUAAAGCAGAGAAAAUACACAGGGCCCGGUGCUCUUCCACCGGCCGGCAAGGCAAAACCUCCAUGGCCACCCAACGAGACGUCGACGCGAAAGUGCGCCUCACCGCCCCGACGGAACCCCGCGACGGCUCGUUGGCUAGACGGAGCCUAGAGCCGACGGCAGCGCAAGACAUCUCGUUCUUGAGGGAGGCUCUCGAUACUGCAACGUUGGCGGAAUCAUCUGUCACUGCCGCUUCCUCUUCCUGCCCGCCACCCGGGCUCUCACCACCGCCACCCGGGCGCUUGUCUCCUGGUCCUGGGACUCCGGCCAUCACGUCUCGAAGACCUUAUAAUUGGGCCAAGACAUUUAUCAUCAGAACCGAUCUCCGGGGAUCUUUCCACAUGUAUCCUCCUAUUGGUGGGCCAUUCCAGAGCUUACACGAAGCUGAUGAGGCCAUCGCUCGCCAUCUUGAUGACCUGCGGGAUAAGAACGUGUGCUUAGAUGGGAUGUCCUGGACGGAGAGAGUUACAAGGCGGGCUCUUUACCGGCCUGAUGGUACAAGGAAGAAGCUUUCAAAGUCGUUAUUAGAACCGGAAAGGCUUAAGCAUACACGCCUAUUGGUUCAAGCUCUACUGGACAAAUAUAAUGAGGACCACAAUCUUUUGGGGAAUCUCGCAUAUGAACUCAAAGAUAUUGUGUGCAUUCAGUCAGUUUGUGAGGGCAGCCCCUAUAAGUAUGAUUGGUACUAUCAUCUCAAUUUCACUACAAGGACUAAAGGAGUUGAUGAAUUUCACAGUGUCACCGACAAUCUGUUCUUUGCGGAAAUCACACGUAUUGGAGGACCAUAUAAAGAUUUUGCUCUCGGCUGUUUCUACAUGCUUAAACCUAAUGAUAAUGGUAUUAUAUACUCUCUCACCUUAUAUGCUACUCCCUCCGUCCCAUAAUAUAGGACUUUUUUGACACUACACUAGUGUCAAAAAACGUCUUACAUUAUGAGACGAAGGGAGUAAUAACUAAGUAAUUGUAAAUAUGUUUCAUAUUACAAUGUUCGGUUGCCCCUUUGUUAUGUUUUCCUUCAUCCAUACAUUAUACCUAACACUAGUAGAAAAGAGGGCUUUGGUCCAGGCCGG